UGGGCAAAUUUUUUUCAUUCUUCCUUAAAGUUUUCAGCGAGUGUGUUGUGUCGGUCAUCUCUCCCGAGUGUCUCUCUCCUUGUGUGUGUGUCAUCAACACCGAGUAGCAGCAGCAGUACGAAGUGAACAGUAAAAGCUGCGCUUCUAAAGGAACAACGACACGGUUCGGUGAAAAGUAACAGCUAGAAAAGAAAAACAAAAAACACUGCAACAAUGGCCCUGCCGGAAGAAAACCCCGUCUACUCGCCCUUCUUCGGAGUCAUGGGCGCAGCAGCUGCUAUCAUUUUCAGCGCUCUCGGUGCUGCUUAUGGUACGGCCAAGUCCGGUACCGGUAUUGCCGCCAUGUCGGUGAUGCGUCCGGAGUUGAUCAUGAAGUCCAUCAUUCCCGUUGUCAUGGCGGGUAUCAUUGCCAUCUACGGUCUGGUCGUGGCAGUCCUCAUCGCCGGUUCCCUGGAUGAACCAUCGAAAUACUCGCUGUACAAGGGCUUCAUUCAUCUCGGCGCUGGUUUGGCCGUCGGUUUCUCGGGAUUGGCUGCCGGUUUCGCUAUCGGUAUCGUCGGUGAUGCUGGUGUGCGUGGUACUGCCCAGCAGCCCCGACUGUUCGUCGGUAUGAUUUUGAUCCUCAUUUUCGCCGAAGUGUUGGGUCUGUACGGUCUUAUCGUCGCCAUCUACCUGUACACGAAAUAAAUUAGCACCACCAAACGCUAAUUCACGCCACGGGGGGUCCCACGGUGGUUGCGUGGCACCAGCAGUAGUGGGUUCGACCAUAGAUCAAUCAACAACGCAAGUUCUGGAAGCGAAGAAAUAUGCAAUGCAACAAAACAUCCCACCAUCAUCAUCAUCGCAUUCGAGAAGGUACUUCGAUCUAGGUUCCCCCGCAACCAAAAUUGCCCGUUACUACCAUCGAUAGGAAAGCAAAACAAAAACCUUUGCCGCAACUAACCUUGUGGGACACCUGUAGACUAGCAGAGUCCCCCGAUAAGGGUGCAUGUGCACGCAUUGCAUAACGAAACGAAAAACUGUUCAGCAAGAUCAACACCCGAUCGCUGCGAACAAAACAGGUGCUGAACAUAAUUCCUAAAGAAACACAUAAUUUACAUCCUAGGGUAAACAAAAAAAAACAGCAGAACAGCAACACGUAAACGUGACAACCCAACCAACACUAACGGUCUGUCUUACCAUAUAAGGUUAAGGUAGAAGAUCAGAAGCAUCCCUCCAUCCUUUGCAUCUUGAUCCUUACCUUGCCUUGUUUGGCGAGACCAAGUUAAGCCUCAAUAAUGUACUACAACACAAGCUCACCGAGAUCAGAGUUUCGCUUCCAACAGCCCGGAAACGUUGUUGCCAUAAACCAUCCCUGUGAAGAAAGGCUGCACCCGCCGUUUUUGGUUGUGUAAAACAGGCGGCAUUAAUGAAAUCUGAAAACAACUUCCGGAACUAAAACAAAAGACUAUUUGUAUUUAUGUAAAAUAAUGUGUAUUUAAUUGUAAACUUAAUUUAUGUAACAUGUAAAUUUUCCACACCCAAACUCACUCUCACUCCUACACACGCACACACAUACACACACGGAUGCGCGAGCACAUUUACGCAUACACACGUUUUCUGACACACAGACGAACUGCGUAGGGCAUACGAUUGACGAGAAAUCUGCAACCAAUGAUCAGACAGUGUAGGCACAAAUAGAAUUGGAAAGGAACAAGCGCUAAGAUGCGAAGCAAACAGCUUCCUGUUUGUGCAUUGUUGCAUUUUGAGGAUUUUUUUGUUGUGCGUGUCCUUCAAGGGUACAUUUUGUUGGCCCCGCGAGCAGCGCGCACCCUUCGCAUUAAUCGGCAAGGGUGCCCUAGUGUCCAGGUGUGGAGGUUGUGCCUGUGUUUGGCAGGUGAUGUCGCACAGAAGGAAUGUUUUUGAGUCUGUGAUAAAAGCUUCCAUCACGAACCAUCACACGGGAAACAUUAUUGCAAAACGGUAGAUGCAAAAGCAAACAACAAAGUAAACGAACUUGGAGGGGUUCACAUUAGAUCCAGCGACGAGACAGAUCGAGAAUAAAGGUUUUUCCCCCCUUUCUUUACGGUUUCAUACCAUAAAAAACUCAACGAAUGUUGCGUUUGUGUUAUCUUUCGACAAAACGGUUUAUGUUCCGUUCUGCGUAAUGUCACAUCCCGGAUGGGCCUUCCGUUGGUUUGCUGGUUGAUGUGGGAAGGUAGACUUGUUUGCCAGAUAGGAAAGUACAGAUGCUCAUUCGGUAAAGAAACAAAAAGGGGAAAACCUUUAGGAAACAUUGCCAAUGCAAGGGGGGAUCUAGUUUCUGUUUCAAUCUUUUUUGACAAAAAAAGACCGUUCAGUAGAUGUUGUCACAACUGUGUGCAGCAAAUGAAAAAUACAAGAGUAUUAGCAAAGUUUUUUGUUUUACGUCCCGGAAUCCAACCAACCCGAUAUUAAGAGGCAGUAUACAGGUGGACAACAGACCCGAACCCAGCGCGUGAGUGAUGAGUGAGUACAUCCUGUGGCAGUGAAGGAGAUAUGAACCGAGUGCAUAUAAUUGAGCUUAAUAUCCAGGGUUUUACGUUUUACAUAACAUCGUAAGAAACCAAAUGAAUCCAACAACUAAAAGGGAGCUAUGCAAAAUAAGACGGUAAAACAACAACAUUAUUCGUCUGCAAAACGUUUAAGGAUAAAACUAAAACAGCAAAAAACUGGAAGGGAAACAAACUAUACAUUCAUAUGCGUUCGUUACACGUACAUGUAGAAAUAUCGAUCAUUAUUCAUCAUCAUAGGUACGGAAAGAAUACAAUCGCGAGAUGAGACAAUUUUCAAAAUAAGCUAGGGGAGAGAAGAAACAAAACAGCAUUAAAAACAUCAGCCAAAAGCAAAAACUAAAAAAAAAGAUAGGACAAUUGUUUUGGACACGGUACGGAGAAGCUCAAACCACAACAUCUAGGGCAACUAAUGUCUCUGCGCCGUGCGCUAAAUAACGAAUCAAGUUCACUGUAUGGCGCCACCGGAAAGGGAGCAGAGCGCGAUAAUAGGGGCUGCAUUGUAGGGAGGAAUAGUUUACCAAAUCAGAUCCGGAUUUAUCGACACCGUCGUUCACCAUUUUGGUGGUGGUAAGACCGAACAUUUUCUGUGAUAAGCGGAAGGUUUGGAAUUUCAUACACCGAUUCGGUGAUCGGUUGUCAAUUUGCACAAGAACAGAUAACAAGAGGAAAGAGAAGACACACAUACGCAUGAGAUACGGCUAACAUCUUCGAUAUCUUAUUAAGACCAGACAAAGAGAGAGAGAAGAGAGAAAGAGGAGACAACAUAGUAAGAAGAAAGGAAGAACACACGGUAUUUCUUCAUGGAGAGAGAUACCGUGUCCCGCAAGGUCACGAUUGCCAACAAUCCCGAGUUGCGUGAAUUUUGUACAUAAUCAGGGAAGUGACCAUUUCUGGUGCGGAACAUCUAACCAGGGAAUUACAAGAGAGACAGAAGACAUACACACACACACCGAUACAAAACGAUCGUGAAAAUCCCAAUGGCCACCGUAAUGUGGCUAAUCCGCGCCCACAAUGUCAUGCCAAUUAACAUCCAAACUAUUCAAUUAUCACCACCAUCAACAACAGUUAUACCCCCCUGAAGAAGAGUGGUCCAUGUGUGUGGUGCGCGGAGAAAAGGCAUGGGUAAAAGAAGGCAGUGAAAAUUGUGGCAAAAUUGUUUCCUCCGAUGGCAACAGCAGCAGUGGUCGAAAGCCGAUUGAGUCCCUUCCGCGCGUUUAGAUGCUGAAAUGAACGGAACUGGAUGCCAUCGACCUAGAGAACCACCGGACAGAUUUCUGCUUCGCGAGGAAUCAAUUUUCCCACGCUCUUUCAACUGUUGGUCCUUCUUUGCGCCUCCGAUGUGGUCGCACGGAACAGCUGGAUGAAAAUUAGUUAUUUGUUUUAAUCCAGCAGGAGAAAUACGCAUGCUGGUGAGAAUCAAAACUACACGCAGGUGCCAUCAUCAUACCAGGCGCAUCUUCCAGCUCCGAAGUCGACAUGACUGCAACGACCGAAAACAAAAAAGGAAGGAUUUGCAAAGUGAGGAGUUUGUGAGCACAAAACACAAACACAAUCUAAUUACAUCGCACAUACCCUCAGGCAAAAGAAAAAAGAACGGAAACGUGCAUUAGAUUGAAAACUGUUCAAUACAUACCGUGUUUUGUCGUGAGAGGAAGCUUUAAAGAAAGGAAGAUCCUGCUACCGUUAACUAGCUAAAACACCGACUACCUUAUCCUGCUAUCGUACAUUUACUUUUACUGAUAAGUUACAAAGUGUGGAACAGUCCCAUCUUUUGUUAGACACAAUCGACCUUUGUAACAUCCUCCACCCGUUGGACAGCAAUAUUAGGGGUUUUUCGGAGGGGAAUGCAAAGGAAGCAGAAUAGAAUGAAUGUAACAACAAUCCCCCCGCCGUAGAAAAGGUACAACAUUCAUCCACUACCGGGGGGUAGUAUGUAAAGAUCUACCGAAAAUAAUGACAAUUGCGAACAUCAUCAUGAAACACAGCGAGAGAGAGAGAGAGAAAGCGAAAGAGAAGAAAUUCAAUGAAAAAAUGUGAAAAAUAUGAGAAUAAAAAAAAGAAAACAGAAGAAACGAAAAAUAUCGUAGUCGAAUAGAA